GCCCUAGCUAGUAGUGCAUAUGUUUGCUCGCUAUCCGCCACGUUUCUUGUGGCGAACCAGAACUGAACGCCGCCCCCAGCUGAACUUUCAGCUAAGUCUCUGCUCGCACUGCAGACUGGGACUUCCGGCCAUCCUGCUUUUGCUCUAACAACGGGACAUCCUGUUGCUUUUGAUAAACUUGUUCAGAAUUUCGUCAUUUUGCCAGAAUCCACUCGCUGCUAUUCGCAUUGCGCCUAUCAAAACAUCCUGCAAUCACUUUCAUCAGUUCGCACACACUGCAACCUUCGACCACUAGUCAGCUAAAGUGAGGCAACAUGUCGAGCGGACAGACAACUCAGCACGCGAAAGCAGCAGCGACUGAGGGGUUCCAUCAUGCUCACGAACAGGGGGAGAAGGCAGAGUCCGGGAUGAAGGAGAAGAUGCAGCACAUGAAGGAGGAUGCCAAGGAGACCCUCAAGAAGAUGACUCACCCUUUCAACAAGGAGAAGAAGGCAGGGGAUGCCGCCCAGGCUGAGGCUCACAAGGAAAUGGCGACAGAGGCAAGGCAGGAGAAGAAUGCUAUGCACACUGAGAGAGGCCAGGCAGCUCGCCAGGAUGCUGAGGCCAGGUAUGGUGGCAACCCCAACAGCACCGGCGCUUCACUGGGGCAAGACGCUGAGGCUGGGCGUGUUCAUGGAGGAAGCACCGCGGAGAAAGUGAUGGACAAGAUCACGCCUGGAGAAGGUCUGACCGGUACUGGACCCAGGGGGGAGUACGGCAACACUGGCACUGGGAUGGGUAGCAACUACGGACAGCAGUUGUAGAGGCUUACGUACAACAUUCUUUGGUUGAUAGAUAAACUAAAUAAUCGGUGCACGAUAUUAUUGGUUUGUGACGGUGGUUCGUAGAGAAAAAGUUGAUUCCGGAAGAAAUAGACCUUAAUCCUUGCUUAUACAAAGGACAGCUGUAAUAGCUGUAACAAUUGAAGUUUCGUCGGAAUGGUAUAAUGAUGAUCCUUUGGAUUUUUGUAUCCUCAGUAGAGUGAAUAUUGCAUACUAAACAUUGUGGCGCCUCAAGGCAAAAGCAUUUUGAUUCGAAUUGCUAUUAUGCUGAAGCGAAUGAAUCGUCUCUUCGAUCACCU